GCAUUGGCCACUCCUCUUCCUCACAAAUGUGGAUGUUAUGAACUUUGCUCUUAUUUUUUGAAUGUACUCAGGUUUGUAGCAUCGCUGCUUCUUCAGGACCUGCUGGACAUGAUCAUGGGAAGCGUGUUGGUCAAGUGUGCUGCCACUGACCUGGCCAUUCAGUGGGUCGGGUGGGCACUAGCGUCUGCUUUCAAAACGGAAAAGUUUUACGACUUUGCAGGAUCUGGUACCUUCAUAUUGCUGGCUCAUCUGAGUCGUAUAUGGGGUGGAAAUGGCCACUUUAGACAGAAUGUACAAACUGGACUCGUCACUGCCUGGGGUCUGAGGCUUGGGACAUUUCUCUUUCUUAGAAUCCUAAAGGAAGGACAAGACCGGAGAUUUAACAAUGUCAGAGACAGCCCAGGGACAUUCUUUGUGUACUGGAGCAUGCAAGCUUUGUGGGUCUUUAUUACCCUGUUGCCCACCCUAAUUCUAAACAGUGAGAGAAGAGAUGAGCCCCUGGGCCCACGUGACUACAUUGGCUGGGGAAUAUGGGGGCUGGGUUUUGCUACAGAGGCCAUUGCCGACCAGCAGAAGUGGAAUUUUAGGAAUGAUCCAGAUAACGCUGGAAGGUUUAUUCAUCAUGGACUGUGGGCAUACAGCAGACACCCAAACUAUCUGGGGGAGAUCCUGCAAUGGUCGGGCCUGUUCCUGUCCGCUUCCUCCGUCAUGCGUGGACCUCAGUACCUCAGUGCGCUUUCUCCUCUCUUUGUCUGGUUCUUACUGAGACACGUUAGUGGGAUCCCCAUCCUUGAGAAACAAGCUAUGAAGAAGUGGGGCUCAGAUAUUGCUUUCCAGAACUACAUCAAGAACACUCCACUCCUAUGGCCCUUCCCCAAAUUUAAAGGAGAAUGAAGCAUAUUUACAGAACUUGCAGUAAUUGCUCAUGCUGACAAAUGAACAUGUGAAAGUCUGGACAGAUAGACACAAUCGUGUAGUAGUUUAGGGAAUAGUUCAGCCAAACAUUUAAAUUUGCUGAAUAUUUACUGCAUUUUUUCUGCAAAACAGAUUUGGAUAAAUUUAGCAUUACAUCACUUGCUCACCAAUUGAUCCUCUGCAGUGAAUGGGUGCCGUCAGAAUGAGAGUCCAAACAGCUGAUAAAAACAUCACAAUAAUUCACAACAUGACUCGUCAAUCAAUUAAUGCCGGUGAAGCAAAAAACUGCUUGUUUGUAAGAAACAAAUCAUUAUUAAGGUGUUUUAACUUUAAACCAUACGCUUCUGGCUAUAAUCUAAAAUAAUGCUUCCUCCAGUGAAAAAGUCCAUCACAUCGUCCUCACACAUCAAAAUUCAAUUUUGAUACAUUUUCACUCUUUGUUAUAUUGCAGCGAUUUGCUAAAAUCAUUUAAGUUCUUUUUUUUUCCUCAUUAAUGUACACACAGCACCCCAUAUUGACAGAAAAACACAGAAUUGUUGACAUUUUCGCAGAUUUAUUAAAAAAGAAAAACUGAAAUAUCACAUGGUCCUAAGUAUUCAGACCCUUUGCUGUGACACUCAUAUAUUUAACUCAGGUGCUGUCCAUUUCUUCUGAUCAUCCUUGAGAUGGUUCUACACCUUCAUUUGAGUCCAGCUGUGUUUGAUUAUACUGAUUGGACUUGAUUAGGAAAGCCACACACCUGUCUAUAUAAGACCUUACAGCUCACAGUGCAUGUCAGAGCAAAUGAGAAUCAUGAGGUCAAAGGAACUGCCUGAAGAGCUCAGAGACAGAAUUGUGGCAAGGCACAGAUCUGGCCAAGGUUACAAAAAAAUUUCUGCUGCACUUAAGGUUCCUAAGAGCACAGUGGCCUCCAUAAUCCUUAAAUGGAAGACGUUUGGGACGACCAGAACCCUUCCUAGAGCUGGCCAUCCGGCCAAACUGAGCUAUCGGGGGAGAAGAGCCCAACGAUCACUGUGGCUGAGCUCCAGAGAUGCAGUCGGGAGAUGGGAGAAAGUUGUAGAAAGUCAACCAUCACUGCAGCCCUCCACCAGUCGGGGCUUUAUGGCAGAGUGGCCCGAUGGAAGCCUCUCCUCAGUGCAAGACACAUGAAAGCCCGCAUGGAGUUUGCUAAAAAAACACCUGAAUAAGAUUCUCUGGUCUGAUGAGACCAAGAUAGAACUUUUUGGCCUUAAUUCUAAGCGGUAUGUGUGGAGAAAACCAGAGUGCUCAGGACCUCAGACUGGGCCGAAGGUUUACCUUCCAACUAGACAAUGACCCUAAGCACACAGCUAAAAUAACGAAGGAGUGGCUUCACAACAACUCCGUGACUGUUCUUGAAUGGCCCAGCCAGAGCCCUGACUUAAACCCAAUUGAGCAUCUCUGGAGAGACCUAAAAAUGGCUGUCCACCAACGUUUACCAUCCAACCUGACAGAACUGGAGAGGAUCUGCAAGGAGGAAUGGCAGAGGAUCCCCAAAUCCAGGUGUGAAAAACUUGUUGCAUCUUUCCCAAAAAGACUCAUGGCUGUAUUAGAUCAAACGGGUGCUUCUACUAAAUACUGAGCAAAGGGUCUGAAUACUUGGGACCAUGUGAUAUUUCAGUUUUUCUUUUUUAAUAAAUCUGCAAAAAUGUCAACAAUUCUGUGUUUUUCUGUCAGUAUGGGGUGCUGUGUGUACAUUGAGGGAAAAAAAUGAACUUAAAUGAUUUUAGCAAAUGGCUGCAAUAUAACAAAGAGUGAAAUUUAAGGGGGUCUGAAUACUUUCCGUACCCACUGUAAAACUGUUUUCACUUGUAAACAGUGCUUGAUCGCUGCAUAUUUCACUCCUGAAUCAGAUAAGAGGACUUUUUAACCGGAGAAAGCAAUAUUAGGGAGAGACGAUUCUUAUUUUAGCCAAAAUGAGUGGUUUGAAGUUCAAAUUCAUCAAGACGUUUUAUUACAAACGCACAGCUUUACACUGUUAAAUGUGUGAUGGACUGGAGUCAUGUGGAUUACUUGUGAUGUUUUUAUCAGCUGCUUAGACUCCUACUCUGAUGGCACCCAUUCACUGCAAAAGAAUCAUUGGUGAGCAAGUUUAUGCUAAAUUUCUCAAUCUGUCCUGAUGAAGAAAAACAAAUCAUCUACAUCUUGGCUGACUUGAGGGCGAGUAACUUGAUCAAAAUUUACACUUGAGUAAAUAAUAAAAAAAAAAAAAAAUCUA